AUGACAUGCAUAAUCAACAACGACAGUGUUUAUGAUAAUGAUUUUCAGUGGAAGCUUUAUGAUCAUUCCAAUAAAUUUGUCUUCCUUGGUGGUACCACUUUGAAAAUUGUUGAUGUUCAAAACAUCCCUCCAAAAAAGUAUUAUUUCAAAGAUUUUGGUGAUGUCCUUGGAAGCAAAUAUGAGCUUAACAGACUUGAAGAGAUUAUUGGUAUUGUUCAUGAGAUCAACAAUUUCCAGUGUAACACACCAGGGAAAAAGACUUUUGUGUCACUCAAUCUCAAAGACCUAAGAAACAAUGGUGCUAUUUUCAUUAUUAUCACUCAUUCAAUGAUCAAAGAAUCACGAGUUUCUAAUGGAUGGAGUGGUUCUAAGUUGCUAAUUAAUGAGGAAAUUCUAUAG